AAUCAACACUACCAGUCUAGAGGCUACAUACCAUGAUGGUCAGAUUAGGGGUUGCUGUGAUUAUUCUCAGUGCAGUGUAUGUAGACCAUGUUAACCUGCUAAGUCCAGUGACCACUGUUCAACUUGGUGAUCCUGUAACCCUGCUAUGUGUUUUCCCAGAAGAGGAAUUCAACGAUGAGCAAAUGCACUGGUACAAGCAAACUGUGGGAGGUAUUCCACAACUUGUCUCAUCGAUGCAUAAAUAUUUAACAGAGCCUGUGUUUCACUCUGGAUUUAACAAUUCACACUUCAGCGUAACUUUGGCUCAAAGGAUGCUUCACCUUACUAUCAUGAAGUCGAUCCCAGAAGAUGAAGCCAUGUACUAUUGUGCAAUUGGAACAGUGAUGACUGUGAAGUUUAGAGAUGGCACAUAUCUGUCUUUAAAAGGAAACGGUCAGAGGUCUGACAACAAGAUAGUGGAACAGCAGCCAGAGUCUGACCCAGUCCAUCCAGGAGACUCUGUGACUCUGCAGUGUACAGUACUCUCUGAGACCUGUACAGGAGAACACAGUGUGUACUGGUUCAGAGCCGGAUCAGGAGAAUCCCAUCCAGGAGUCAUUUACACCUCUGGGAACAGGAGUGAUGAGUGUAAGAAGAGCCCUGAGACUCCCUCUCCUACACAGAGCUGUGUCUUCAGCCUCUCCAAGAACAACCUCAGUCUCUCUGAUGCUGGGACUUACUACUGUGCUGUGGCCAUAUGUGGGGAGAUCCUGUUUGGCGACGGAACCAAACUUAACACCAUUAAAGGAAACACAGUGGAUCCCAUUGUCCUCAGCUUGGGAGCAGCAGUGGCUGUGUGUGUGAUUGUCAUUUUUAUUCUCGCUUGUACCAAAAACAAGAGACAAACAUGUGAUCAUUGUAAAGCAAGUGUCUCUCAGCAUAUUCACCAUGAUGAUAACCUCUCAUCAGAGCAGUCAAGUGGUCAGGUGCCAAACACAGAUAUUUUGAAUUAUGCUGCAUUGCAUUUCUCUGAGAAGAAAAUUAAAAGAGGAAGAAAGAAGAGAGAGACACCACAGGAGAGUGUGUACUCUGAUGUCAGGUGUUCAGACUGGUCAGUCAUUCAUAGUAACAUAGAAAAACAGUUGUUAAAGCUACAGUCAGUCCAUAUCAAGAUGAUCAGAAUCUGCCUUCUUUGGGGACUUCUCUCUCAAGUGUACCUGAUUCAGACUGAAGAUGCUCCUCAACCAAUACCAGUGACUACUCGUCUAUUUGGAGACAAUAUAUCUUUGCCAUGUCCUAAAGCAGAAUCUCAACAAUUGCUGUACUGGUACAGACAGACUGUUGGCCAACUGCCCCAUCUUGUCGCAUCUGUGUCCUAUGCAUCAGAACCUGUACUUAAUGGAGAGUUUAAGAACCCACGUUUCAAAGUGGAGACAUCUGAUUAUGUGUAUAAUCUCAUUAUCAGAAAUAUCAGCACAUUAGAUGAGGCAACAUACUUUUGUGGAAUUGGGACAAUGUAUGGGAUGAACUAUGGACAUGCAACAUUUUUGGCUGUGAAGGGACACAAUCACCCUACAUUGGUACAGCAACCAGUUUCUGAUCCAGUCCAUCCAGGAGACUCUGUGACUCUGCAGUGUACUGUACUCUCUGAGACCUGUACAGGAGAACACAGUGUGUACUGGUUCAGAGCCGGAUCAGGAGAAUCCCAUCCAGGAGUCAUUUACACCCCUGGGAACAGGAGUGAUGAGUGUAAGAAGAACCCUGAGACUCCCUCUCCUACACAGAGCUGUGUCUACAGCCUCUCCAAGAACAACCUCAGUCUCUCUGAUGCUGGGACUUACUACUGUGCUGUGGCCACAUGUGGGGAGAUCCUGUUUGGCAACGGAACAAACCUAAAUAUUGAAAGAUCACUGGAUCAUGUAGUCAUUGGACUGGGAGUGACAACAGUUUUCUGUGUGAUUGUGAUCAUUAUACUCGUCUUCAGCAGAAAUACAAAGCAAAUUUCUGAACAUUAUAAAGUGAGUGUUGCUCAGCAUAUUAGACAUGACAACUCAACCACUGAAUAUGAUCAGGAUCAAGACCCAGAUACCCUGAAUUAUGCUGCAUUGCAUUUCUCUGAGAGGAAAACUAAAAGAGGAAGAAAGAAGAGAGAGACACCACAGGAGAGUGUGUACUCUGAUGUCAGAGUAGACUGGGACUGAACGUUGCUUAUGUGCAGAGGAAUGGAUGUAGUUUGGUCAAUAAACUUUUCUUAAUAUAUAAUGUAUUUAAACAGUCAUGAUAUUAUACCCUUAAUGAUACAGUGACAUGUUCUGUCAAGCAAGACAGUGGCAGAAUUCUCCCUAUACCCAUCAUGAGGUUAUUACAACCUAGCCUAUGAAUGAAAGUUUACAAAAUAGGUGCACACAAGUCCAGAUAAAGAUUUGAGGUGACAGACACUGACACAUGGACAGAAAGGGACACAUUCAAUACCGCCUUGCACACUUUUGCCUGCAUCUAGCUGAUCUAUUGUGUCAUCAUUAGUCCAACAGUUACAAACUGGAAAAAUUCAGGUAUAUUUAUUACCUGAAUUUAUUAUAGUUUUGUUCCGUUUGCAUCCGUUGAAGAUUUGUUUUAACAGAAUCUGAGGAAUGAAUAAAUACACCACCGUUCACACUCAAACAGCUCACUUUCAUAACCACAUACAAACAGCUUGUUGUAUUCCUUCUCGCAUCUACGCUCUCUCCUCCUCUCACCUUUUAGCUUUGCUUAUGGACUUCAAUGAACAACACAUCAGCUGUCUGUGACCAGGUGAAAAAACCUUUCCAAACCGAUCCUUCAUGUCAUAACCGCUACAUACAGCACACAUCGUUGUCAUCAUAUUAGUUAAAGUAACGUCAUAGUCAGCAUAGCUAAAAUAACUAACAAGAUAUUUAACCCGCUACAAUGAUGCAGUACAAUGUACAGUCAGUAAGCAGAUUAGCACUUACACCAAACUAGUAAAACCAAAAGCUUACCUUUACUUGAAAGAGUUCCAAUUUUGCAUAGUUAAAGCCAGCUAACUGACAUAGCAUCCCUCUGUUUGAGCUGGGUGUUUGAGUAGGCAAAACUAGCUAGCUGCAUUUGCUAGCUAAGUAAGUGAAAGUGAAAGUGAAAAAAAUACCAAAUAUAUAUCUCUCUCUCUCUCCCAAUCCUCAUUCAUUUUUUAAAGAAAGUAAUUUGUUUAAAACUGUUAAACUAUUGUCUUUCUCUCUCUUUGAGUCAGCUACUCACCGCAUGUUAUGCAGUGCAGUGCUAGCUAGCUGUAGCUUAUGCUUUCAGUAAUAGAUUAAUUCUCCUAUCCGUUGGUUGGGUGGACAAAAUUUCAGUUAAUGCUACAAGAGCUCUUAUGAGUUGGAAGAUUUCCUCCAGAAGCUGUCACAAUUACUAUGUAAUUAAACAUGAGACUCCUACGUUUGUAUUGAAGUCAUUGUACCCAGAGGAAGACGGAAGCUAGCUGUCCUCCAGCUACACAAUCAUGCAUUCCCUAGAGAGUGCUGUUGAGGCUACUGUAGACCUUCAUUAAAAAAAGUGUGUUUUAAUCAAUUACUUGCUUACGUGAAUAUAUUUUGUAUCGUUUAAUCUAAAGAGUACAACUUUUUAAAAGUUUCACUAUUACAUUUUUUAUGAAAUUCACUGAGAACUGUCCUCCCCUUCCUCCUCUGAGGAGCCUCCACUGAUGUAGGAAGCUAAUUCUUCUAGGAGCGUUCUCUGUCAGUGUAACACUGUAAUGGAACAGCUGGUCCUGUCAGGUAGAAGGCCAGGAACCAUCGAGGACUUUAAAUCACU